UUCGCCCGCAUCAAAUCAACAUAGCCGCCGCGAGAUCACGUGCCGCGAGUUUAUUGAUCUGGGAUUCACUUACACUUGCAACCUUUAUAAUCGAUUCACGAGCAUGGCGUCGGACGUCGCGCAGCACGAGCUAGUCACUUCGUCGUUGCCUGCCGAUGCGCCACUCACUAAUGGCGAUCACGAACAACCCAUGGCGAUCGAUGAGAACCGGAAUGCCGAAGCAUUCGGCGAGAAUGCUGCAGUCUCCAAGACCGAUCCGAGCCUCGGUGUCGCGAGUGUAGCACCCGCACAUCCAAAUCCCGCUGCACCAACACCGAUUGAGAAUGUCGCGCCAGGUAUUGCGCCCGUCGCAGAAUUCGUCCCUAAGGAGGCACCGACGACAUCCCAUCCCACUCCGCCGCCUGAUGAGCCCUUGGUCGCAUCGGAGGCCAAUAUCGACACCGAAAUGACUGCGCCACCAAAGGAACCAACUCCUGUACCAGCGCCUGCACCGGAACCCGUCAUUGCCCCAGCUGUGGCAUCGAAUGAGUCCAGCUUGGUGCGACCACGGGAGGACGACGAGGAGGACGAGGAGAAUGCGGAACGUGCAGCCAAGCGCAGUCGGACGGAGGACGUGCCCAUGCAAGAUGCGCCUGCUGUCGAGAGCCUUCCCGUGGUGGCACAGGAGGAUGCGCCGGCUCCAGAGGCUCCGACUACUGAGUCAGGUGGGGAACAGGCAGCUCCAGCAAUUCCUAAGACCGAGUCCGCCGACGAUGUAGCUAUGGAAACUCCACCAGCAGAGGCUCCUGCAGAUGCUACAACAUCUCAGCAGCAGUCGGAUGCGCCCCUGACGAAUGGAGACGCUAUUCCGGCAGCAUCAACCGAGGCUUCUGCGCCGGAGGCCAAGACUGCAGAGAGUGAGGUGAAGCCAUCGGUGGAAGCCGCCGCUGCACCUGUAUCAGAGGCUCCCCAAGCACCGGCGGCUAAGAGCCAUCAGUACAGCAAAGAGCCUAUGACCACAGGCCAGCUUAAAUUUCUGAUUGAGAAGAUGAAGAACCUGAAGAAGACGAAGAAUUCGAUCUACUUCUUGAAGCCUGUUGAUCCCGUAGCCAUGGCAAUUCCCACAUAUCCAGAGAUCAUCAAGAAUCCCAUGGACCUGAGUACGAUGGAGCAGAAGCUGAAAUCGAGCCAUUAUAAGACGGUGCAAGAAUUUGCAGACGAUUUCGCGCUAAUCAUCAACAACUCCUUGACCUUCAACGGACCGAACCAUGCCGUGACACAGGCUGGUAUGGCGAUGGAGGCCUACUUUCGGAAGAUGAUGGAGACUGUGCCCAGCGCAGAUCAACAGGCCAAGGCACAAGCUAAGAAGGGUUCGCCGAAGCCGCCUGCUCCUCCGCGACGAGAGUCACGAAGCGCCGCGGUGACCGCAGCACCUGCUCCAGCACUCUCAACUGCAGCAUCGACUGGCGCAAGCUCAGAACCCUUCGCACUGCAACCAGAUGGCACACCACAGAUCCGUCGCGAAUCGACCACGAAUCGACCAGCUCGCACCAUCAAGCCUCCUCCUGCUAAGGAGCUUGCCUACGCCAAGCCCAAGCGAAAGGAGCACCAGACCGAGCUCAAAUUCGUCGAGUACGUCUUGAACCAACUCAAGGGACCCAAGUACGCCACAGUCAACCAUGUCUUCCAGACGCCAGUGGAUCCAGUUGCUCUGAAUAUUCCGCAGUACCGUCAGAUCGUGAAGCAUCCCAUGGAUCUCAGCACCAUGACGCAGAAGCUCAACCAGGGUCAAUAUGGACGUGCGGCGGAGUUCAAGAAGGACUUCGAGCUGAUGGUUCAGAACUGUCUUGCAUUUAACCCACCAGGAAAUGCCAUCCGUGAUCUUGGCAUCUCAUUCCAGCGCGAGUUCGAAGAUCUGUGGCGCACGAAGGAGCAGUGGGAGAAGCGCCGCAAGGCCCAGAGCGUCCGACAAGCGAGCGUUUCCGCAGAUGAGGAGAGCGCUGAGGAGGAGGAAGAGGAGGAAGAUCCGGCCACAGCCGACCCAGCUGCCACGAUCGCAGCGCUGCAGAAGCAACUCGCUGAUAUGCAGAGCGCACUCGCUGGCCUCGGCGGUGGCAACCAGACCAAGCCGAAGAAAGCCAAGGCACCAAAGGCGUCUAGCAAGAAGGGCGGCGCUCCAGCUGCAAAGGCGGCAAAGCCUGCAGCAGCAAAGUCCAAGGCAAAGAAGCCAAAGCAAGUGACGUACGAGGAGAAGCAGGAGAUCUCAGAGGCCGUGGGCAACAUGGAUGCCGGUCAAGUCGAGGAGCUCACACGCAUCAUCACAUCGAACUGUAAGAAGUACGCCGAUCAAGAGGAGAUGGAGCUCGAGAUCGACGACUUGCCCAACGACGUCCAGGCGAUGCUUCUCACAUACGUGCGCAGCAUCUUUGGCAACCCGAAUAAGCGCGCUCGUCAGCCAUCGCCAGACGACCUCGCUGCAGAGGAUGACGACGACUUCGCGCCAUCUGCUCGGGGCGGUCGCGGCGGUGGCGGCGGUAAGCGUAAGAAGCAUAAGCCGAUGGGUAAGCAGGAGCAGCAGGCCGCCAUCAGUAACAUCCAGAAGCAACUGGCGCAAUUCCAGAAUCCGGGCAUGAGCGGCAGUGGUAGUCCCAUGAACGCAUAUCCAGCCCAGGAUGCAGAUACCAGCGGCGACGACGAGAGCGAGGAGUCUGAGGAGGAGUAGAUGGCGAGGCAGAUUCCUCGCGGCCUUUGGUCGUUGCUUGUACUCACAGAAUGAGGCUGCUCUUGUUGAUGGUGUAUAAUUACCCCUCUCGCUUCCUCCAGCACCUCAAUCAGUAGGAUAUUCCUGGCUUGCAGAAGAUUUGCAAGUAGUAGCAUGAGAUCAGAGGACGAAUUGAAACACGAGAUGCCGCGUCUGUCAUGGCGACGAUGAGCAGACAUACG